UCCCAACUCAUACGAAAUUGUUGUUUUGUAUAAUAGGAUAUGUGAUGCCAGAAAGUGGUCCAUCAAGAAUUAGUGAAGCACUGAUUGCUGUACAGAAUACGAUGAGGAUACACACCCGACCUUGGUGUCAAAAAGCGUGUGUAUUACUGACCGGUGGUCAAGCCUUGCACCGUAGAAGAGUUCAUUUGGAGUCAGCGAAUCUUAGGCAUGAGGGGACAGAGAUAUACCUUAUAGGAAUUGGUGAACACGUGAGAACAGAAGAUAGUCAGUUAGUGGUGAAAAAUUCACUUUAUGAUUUCCGGUUGUCAACUUACGACAGUAUCGCAGAACUGGCUGAUCUGUUGUUGGAUAUGUUUGCAAAUAAAAGCAGAAAUGAUUCAGAAGACCCCAGGAACUUGAACGUGUUUAGUAAAGUGGACAUCAUGGAAGUACUGUGGACAAUUUAUCCACCGAAAGGAACUGGGUUAACGGAAAUGAAGAAAUCACGCUGGAUAAGACCCAUAAUUGAAGGAGAUGAAGCCUGGUCUUUACUAAGUGAAGACAUCAUGAAGAAAACUGACUUAAAAGCUUGUCUUCGAUUGGUUGUCAGUUCGAUAAUAGAACGCGAAGGUUUUAUAGAAAUACUUUAUGAAAACCCUUUUGAAAUCAGAAAAGUGACUGACAUUGAGACGGCUCUGCAAGAAAUAGAGAGCUACAUUCGGAAAAAGAAGCGCAAAGAUAACAACAAAAUAUGGAUGCCAGAAUUAAGCGACAAUCACCCGUAACUUCUGUACUGUCUGCAAGAUCCUAAAAACCAGUUUCGACAAUAUUUCUCAUUGAUUGCAAGAAUUAUUCGUAUUUUGCCAUGUUUGAUUACUUUUAAUUAUGUUUAAUCGUCUAUAGGUGCCAAAAUAUUAUUGCUCAAUUUUUUUUUUCUAUUAACAAAACUAUAUAUGCACUAAAAUAUAUUUUAAUACAGAAAAGAGCAAGUUGUUGAAAUUAAAGAAGCUAAGAUGAAUAAAAUGAUUCCAUUCA